UCAAAUUUGACCCGCCGCGUACCGUUUUAUUUUUAGAUGGACCAAGUCUUAAUGGACCAGUCCAAUAGUCACUCGCCACACUACUCCUCCUUACAAUCAACAUUAGGGACAACCAUUAUCCAUGUAAUAAUAUCUCCGCCGUACCAGAGGAUCUUGGCACGCCAACUGCCCGAUCGGGCUUUUGCGGUGAAGGUCCUACGAGGGUUUGUGGAGGAGCGAGGGUUAAGAAGCUUUCGGAGCUAGGCAUUGACCACUUUCGAAGCUCCCGGAACCAAGAACGGCUCGGAUUUCUUGCGCUUGAACCUCGGAUCUUGAUGUGCUUUCUCUUAGUCUGAAGCCGUGAUGGGUUUCAAUUUCUUUUCCCCAGAUAUGCAAUCUCUUUGUUGUGUUGUAUUAAUCGAGAAAUUUUGGUGAUUUCUAGCUGUUCGAGCUCGCAUUCCCGCCAAAUCAAGUGGAUCGGGAGAAGAAUAUCUGGCCGGCGAAAUUCUCCUGGAUCUGCUCAGUUUCGUUGGGGUUAGAGAUUGCAUCAGUCUGAAAUAUUGAAUCCGAGAUAGGAGAUCCUGGUCUUUCGAAUCCGCUGCACUUGAAUGUUACAAUGGGCAAAAGUUGGAUUUCAACUUUUGAUUUUUGUUAUCCCUCUAUACUUUGUAGUGAAUUUUGGAGGAAAAAUGGCGUGGUGUGCGGACGGAAACUCAAGAUUUAAAUUCAAACAAUUUCUAAAUCUUGCCAUCGCGGAGUCCACGAUCAUGGCUACCAUCAGAUUGGAAGCUUCGAAGCCGUACUAUGCAACCAGUAGCCUUGUCGUAGGAUAUGCUCUCUGUUCUAGCUUGCUGUCCAUCAUUAACAAGUUUGCCAUCACAAAGUUCAAUUACCCUGGCCUUUUAACUGCAUUGCAAUACGUGACCUCGGUUCUUGGUGUUUGGAUUCUUGGAAAAUUGGGGCUUCUUUACCAUGAUCCCUUCACCUUUGAGACUGCCAAGAAAUUCUUGCCUGCGGCCACCAUCUUCUACCUUGCCAUAUUCACCAACACCAAUCUCCUACGCCACGCCAAUGUGGAUACUUUCAUUGUGUUUCGAUCCCUGACUCCCCUCCUGGUCGCCAUUGCUGACACUUUCUUUAGAAAGCAGCCAUUCCCUUCAAAGCUCACAUUCUUAUCUCUUGUAAUUAUAUUGGGGGGUGCGGUUGGGUAUGUGAUGACGGAUUCAGCAUUCACCCUCACUGCGUACUCUUGGGCUGCUGCUUAUCUGGUGACAAUCACGACUGAGAUGGUUUACAUUAAGCACAUGGUGAUGAACCUGGGGCUGAACACCUGGGGUUUUGUGCUCUACAAUAAUCUCCUGUCGUUGAUGAUGGCUCCGGUGUUUUGGUUUCUGACAGGGGAGUAUGCUGAUGUUUUCAGAGAUGUUGGAUCCAGUUCUGGGAAUUUGUUCAAUUUUACUGCAUCUGUUGCAGUGUCUUUGUCUUGUGUUUUUGGAUUGCUUAUCAGUUUCUUUGGGUUUGCGGCAAGGAAAGCGAUCUCGGCUACAGCAUUUACAGUGACUGGUGUUGUGAAUAAGUUUCUCACAGUUGCUAUUAAUGUGUUGAUCUGGGAUAAACAUGCAAGUCCAGUUGGUUUGAUUUGCCUGCUUUUUACGCUUGUGGGGGGAGUUCUUUAUCAACAAUCAGUUACCAGCAGGGCAAGCCCUUCAUCACAACCUGACUCCUCUGCUUCUGGGCAGGCGAGUAGUGGGGUGGAGGGCAGUGGUUCUGAGGAUGAGAACCAGCGCUUAGUUGUAUCUGAUGCUUUGACACAUCAGAAGGUUGUUUCGUGCAAACAGGGUACCUUCCGUAGAAAAAGCUGAUCCACCGCCAUGGAUUCAGAGGACUGCAGCCCUUCACACCAAAAGCUUCAAGAAGGCUCGGCAUUAGCUCCAGGAUAUCUGCUGAAGAAAAGAAAUACAUAUUAACCUUUUCACUUUGCCAAACUAUUAUUUGCAUAUUCCACCCUAAUUGAUUCAUUCAUUUUAUUGAUGUAAAGGAUGAGGAUGUCACUAUUUUGUUCUCUGGGUGUUUGCAUGUUCUCCCUGUAAUUCAGCUAGGAAUUAUUCUUCUUAUACCAGACCA